AUGUCAGCACUGGACGAAAAUUCCAUGGCCGACAACAACACCGCCUCAUGCCCCUUUUGCACUUUCGCAGACUCCGAUGCUAAUUUUGUGUCCCAACACAUCGAAUACUGCCAUCCAGAAACAGGGCUAGCUAGUUCCAUACAGGAUAACCCGCAGGAUCUUGCUGGCCAAAACUCAGCUUCACUGCCAGUGAGCCAGGGUGGCGCAGACAAAUAUGUCGACUGUCCACAUGGAUGUGGCGAGACAAUAGAAAUUGCCGAGCUCUCCAGUCACCUGGAUCUGCAUGUUGCGGAGGGCAUGGAUGAUACUGGGGGCACACCGGCACGCCCAACUACAGACGUACAUGGCGAUGGGUACUUUGAUGAUGAAGAUUCACUCGACAUGCUGAACUCCCACAAAGGAGGCAAGCGUGGGAUGCAACGAGACUCCUCGCGAGUAAACACUGCCAAGACACCACGGCCUCACAGUCCCCCAAGGGCAACCAAUGCCAACGGGACGAAGAGAUUAGGGCGCUCGGAAUUGGGUCCGCAUGCCCACGAGAAGAAAAUGCCCUCAUGGCUAAGGAAAAUGCUGGAGAAGGGCGGCAGCACAUCAAAGCAAACCCAAAUCACGUCCGAUGGCAAACUCACACGGCGCGAGACAGUAGAAAAUGAGACCGACAACUUAAUUCCUGUUCUUGCUCGGCUGUGUGAACAGGACAAAUCUGUCCAGCGGGCAUUAUUCUGUAGCCCCAAAGUCCGCCAUAUCUGCAAGAUGCGUCGGGAAGGCGGGUUUUGUGGCUAUCGCAAUAUUCAAAUGCUGGUUUCUUGGCUGCAAAAGUCUCGUAGCUUUGGCUAUGAGCACUUUCCAAAUAAGGGACCAACGAUCCUUGAGUUGCAGGAUAUGAUUGAGUCGGCCUGGGAUAUGGGGUUCAAUAGCUCUGGAAGAGCUGAGACAGGGGGUAUCAAAAAUACGCGCAAGUUUAUUGGUACGCCUGAAGCACAAGCGCUUUUCAUGAGUCUAGGAAUCCCAUGUGAAGCCCGGAGUCUGUCAGAAUCAGGCAACGUUCGGGCCUAUGAGGCUCUUUACAUUGAUGUCGCCGAAUAUUUCCGAUCAGCGUGCUCACCAGACGACGAUGCGAAGAUCGUUCAGACUGAUCUCCCUCCGAUAUACUUCCAGCAUCAAGGUCAUUCUAUGACAAUUGUAGGUUUUGAAAUCCGAGACAACGGCAGCGCAAAUCUGCUGGUAUUCGAUCCCAUGUUCAAGACUUCUCCUGCAAUGCAGCGCUUGCUCGGGACGUUUGUCAAGCCCUCAGAUCCAACUCGUCUACUUAAAGCAUAUCGCAGAGGAACGCCUUAUCUGCAAAAGUACAAGAUAUUCGAGCUUCUCAAGCUAUGUACAACCAGCCCGGAACAUGAAGCCGCAUAA